AAAAGAUCUUAAAUUGGGUGAUUAUAUGUUAGUUAUGCAAUAUGCAUCAGGAGGAGAUUUACAUAACUGGUUAAGAAAGAGUUUUAAAGAUAUUACAUGGAAUAAACAAAAAUUGGCAAUUUUAUGGCAAAUAUCAGAAGGACUUGAAACAAUUCAUAACUCAGAUUUUAUACAUCGAGAUUUUCAUAGUGGAAACAUAUUAUCCAGGUUAUCAGGCAUGAACCGAUUACGACGACGAGGAGAAGAGGAAUCAAUUAAAAAAAGACACCAAUGGCAAAUUGGAGAUCUAGGAUUAUCGCAACCUUCAAAUAAUACGUCAUCAAAUAAUGAAAUAUAUGGAGUGGUGCCUUAUAUCGCACCAGAAAUAUUUAGAGGAUCUGGAUUUUCUAAAGAAUCUGAUGUUUAUUGUAUGGGUAUGAUUAUGUGGGAACUUACAACAGGCUGCAAACCUUUUUCUAAUGUUGAGCAUGAUAUUCAGCUUAUUUAUAAAAUUAUUGAUGGAGAACGACCUAAAAUUACAGAAGACACACCAGAAUGUUACGCUAAUUUAAUGAAAGGUUGUUGGGAUAAUGAUCCCAAAAAAAGACCUACUAUGACAGAAAUUCGUAAAACCUUUGGUAAAUGGUUUUUUAAAAAUAAAAAUAUUGAACCUUUUAAUCAAGCUGAAUUGAAAAGAUUAGAAUUAAUAAGUUUAGAGAAACUUGGUCCUGAGUUUAGUGAAAACCCCCACCCAAGUGCUAUUUAUACAAGUAGAUCAUUAAAAUCUUUUAUUUCUAAAAGUUCGUCUAAAUAUUCUUCGAAGGGUAUGUGCUAUACUAAAAUAAGAUAGGCAAAUAAAUUUAAAAUACUAAUUUGGAUGAAUAUGUUUAAUUAUUUUAUAGAUUAUGCUUCAAUCGAACUAGAGCUUGAUAUAGAUAUUGAAAGUAGACCAAAGGUAUUUGGAACUAAGCGAAAUAUUGAAGAAGCAAAUAUUAUUUCUUGUGAAAAUAACGGGAAACACAUUAAAAUUAGCCCCUAUUCAAGUACUUCUUUCACGGACUAUUAAGUGGAAAAAUAAUAAAUAAAUGGGAAUCUAUGAAAAGAAUAGAAUAAUUUUUGCGCAUUAUACGCUUGUUUAAUAAAUAAAUAGUCCUAGCAUAUGACGAAAUCAAAACCUAUAGUAUAUU